AUGUUAGCACAUGGCGCAGAUUGCGAGGCGCGCGGCUCCUGCGAGUUCGAUGGCGACACGCUUGAGAAUGUUCCUGCACUUUGGGCCGCCUCAGCUGCCGGUCACUUCACUAUCGUCCAGACUCUCGUGAUGGAAGGCGCAAAUGUGAACGCGCGGACGAAAACCAAUUCUACUCCUCUUCGCGCCGCUUGCUUCGAUGGACACUCGUCGAUCGUCAGCUACUUGCUUAAGCGAGGAGCUGAUCCCGAGAUCGCUAAUCGUUAUGGGCACACCUGUUUGAUGAUCGCCUGCUACAAAGGUCACAAAAAAUGCGUUGACCUGCUGCUAAAACACGAAAUUGAUAUAAACAAGCGAUCGAAUAAAGGAACUACGGCCCUUCAUGACGCAGCAGAAUCGAACAAUGUAGAAAUCUUCCGAACACUCUUUCGAAAAGGCGCUAAGUUCUUGACGAACGAACUUGGCGUAUCGCCCCUUAUCACUGCCGCUUUAGGCGGACACGAGCAAAUCGUGAAUUACUUUGGAUGUGGCGACUUUAUCAAAGACACGACUCAUGGUGGCUAUUCUCUGUCGAAUACUGUCACAAAGGCGAAAAUAGCAGAAGCAGUCGAACUUCUUGGAUGCUAUUUCGUCGAUAAAAGCCGCGAGUUUGCCAAAGGUGUCGAGCAUUGGAUCUGGGCGAAUAUGAUCAGAGGAUCAGAUCCGAUAGAAAUCGCAGAGCCAAAACCAGCGUUUGACAAUAUGCAAGAACUAAACACUGCCGAGGCAUUGCGGCUCGCCCUUUCAGAUAGGCAUCGGAUUAAAAUGAAUUCCUUGCUCAUUCGAGAGCGUGUCCUUGGCCGUCGUCAUCCAGAAGUUUCGUUUUACAUUCGUUACCGCGGCGCUGUUUAUGCGGAUGCUGGAUCGUACGAACGAUGUAUUAUUCUUUGGAAAUAUGCUCUUGAGAUGCAAAUAUCAACCUCUAACAAGCCUGUAAGCUUGCACAUUCUUUCAAGUCUACACAGCUUCGUCGACCUCUUCAGUGUGAUGGAGGCGAAAAAUUGCCCACCGCCCAUGGAAAAUCUCUUUUUUGUAUGGGAGCAUUUGAUGCAGCGUUUCUCCGAAAUCCAGGAUCAGUGUACUCCUGAAUUGAGCAAAGAAGAUCUGGACGAGAGGGAAAAGCAAUUCUCGCAUCUAAGAUGUAUCGUUCUUCUUGUCCUUUCCAAAAUGAUGAAACGACUUAGCGAAAACAACUCUUGUGAACAACGAAAAGCAGUGAUGUCCGAUUUGCGGCGGCUUGUAUUUAUAAACGAUGAAAAAAACCAGCUUUUGAUUCAUCUUGCGUGCCAGGACUUCUCGGAUCAGAUGCCGGACAAGCACUGCCGCAGUCGCAAGAACUCCACUUCCUUUCCCAACGCUGCUGUGGUCGAGACACUGAUCAAAGCUGGGAGCCCGGUCGACGAAGCGACCGGCUCUGGCGAUCGGCCAAUCACUCUUGCUGCUAAAUAUGGUUGCCUGAAAACGAUUGAUGUUCUAUUGAAAAACGGUGCGCACAUUAGCUUCACGAACGGAGAAGGCAAUAAUAUUUUCACUAUUCUGCGUUUGACGGCCUCAAGAGCGGACCGACUGAAACUCAUAAGCAAGCACUGUCCGUUUCCUUUAAAAUGCAUCGCUGCUAGAGAAGUUGCUCACCAGUUGAUCGCUUCGAAAGACAUCAAAGUACCGUAUUACCUUGAGCCAUUUGUUCUGGCCCACAAGCCCCAUGUCCCCAGUAUUUCUUUUUCUGUCUUCGCUGAUUAUUUUGCCCGCCCACAUAUGCCUAUUGAACGCAACCAUCAACGAAUAUUAAUUGCAUUGAUUGACUACUGCUUUAUUGGCACUCCACUUUUUCUUUUGCUAGUAGAGAGCAUAUUUUGCCGCAAAUCGAAGAGAGAAAGAAAAGCGCACACGAAGAAGCUAAUUAUGGCAGAUGGAGAUGCAGUUCCAUCGACAAUCGACAUUGGAUUUGCUUUUGUAGCGACGAGAAAAUUCGCGAAUGAAACCUUCACGAACGGGCUAACUAGCCAACUUCAAAGUGCUAUCGGCAGCGAGUCUUCCAUAGAUGAUGUGACAAAUGGACUCGAUCCGUAUCUUGUGAAUAUGAUUAUAAUUACCAUCUCGGCAGCCGCUGUUUUAGCACUUUCUAUCUAUGCCCUCGUGAUGACAAAAAUUGAACAAGAACGAGUACGUGAGAAAUUAGCAAAUCCAAAGCCACAAAAUGGACUUCAUAAGCAACAGCAUGCUGCUAUUGCUACGGAUGUUAUCGAUCCGAAGGAACCGCUCGACAAAAUAUAA